AUGCAAAUGCAAACAACGCCAUCUGUUUAUAAUAUUAUACUGCCAUUAUACAUAAUUGUACUGAAAAGCGGUGAUGCUUUUAGCUUGUACAAUCCGAAUACGAAGGAGGAGGAGGAGAAGGGGCACAGGAGCAACAGCAGCAGCACGGAUUUCCAUCCCGAAAGAAGAGAAGGAAAGGGAAAAGGGAGCACCGAACAUCAGCAGCAGCAGCAGCGUAUCGAAGUAAUGCAACAAAGAUAA